AUGUUUACCAAAACCAAUCAUUUAAUAAAAGCACUCGCUCAAAGAGCCGCUGUCUUUCAACAAUGUGCAAUGUCGACGCAUAUUGGUUCAUCUUUAAUGACCAUUCCAGAAUCGCACGAAAUGCUCAGAAAAACAUGUCGAGAUUUUGCUGAUCGAGAACUAAAACCCGUAGCUGCACAGCUUGAUAAGUCGCAUCAAUAUCCAAUUGAUCUUGUGAAAAAAUUGGGUGAUCUUGGUUUAAUGUGUGUAGAAGUCGGUGAAGAAUUAGGUGGUUCAGGUUUAGAUUCACUUGCAUAUGCAAUUGCUAUGGAAGAAAUAUCACGCGGAUGUGCUAGUUGUGGUGUAAUUAUGUCGGCACAUAAUUCGCUAUACAUAGGUCCAUUGGUGAAAUAUGGAAACGAGAAACAAAUUGACCAAUUUGUCAAGCCGUUUUUGCACGGUGAACGAGUUGGAUGUUUUGCUCUUUCGGAACCAGGCAAUGGUUCUGACGCUGGUGCUGCUAGUACUGUGGUCAAAGAGCAUGAUCAGUCUACUUAUGUCAUGAAUGGUACCAAAGCUUGGAUUACCAACGCACACGAGGCGGAAGCGGCAGUCGUCUUCGCCACAACUGAUAAAUCGUUGAAACACAAAGGCAUAAGCGCUUUCAUUGUUAAAAAGGGAACAGAAGGGUUUUCCUUGGGUAAAAAAGAGGACAAGCUAGGUAUCAGAGCAAGCUCCACCAGCAAUUUAAUUUUCGAGGAUUGCGUCUUUCCCAAGGAGAAUUUACUUGGCAAAAAAGGCGAUGGAUUCAAGAUUGCAAUGACAACACUUGAUUCAGGCCGUAUUGGUAUUGCUGGCCAAGCAUUGGGUAUAGCCCAAGCGGCACUUGAUUGUGCUGUUGAUUAUGCCCAAAAACGGCAAGUAUUUGGCAAACAAUUGACUCAAUUACAAGCAAUACAAAUGAAAUUAGCCGAUAUGGAAAUGCGUUUACAAUCUGCACGUUUAUUGACAUGGAAAGCUGCAGCAUUAAAAUGUCAAGGAGAACCCUUCACAAAAUUUGCUGCUAUGGCAAAACUGGCUGCAUCGGAAUGUGCAACAUUCAAUGCUCAUCAAGCCAUACAAAUUUUAGGUGGAAUGGGUUAUGUGAGCGAUAUGCCAGCUGAACGUCACUAUCGUGACGCAAGAAUCACCGAGAUCUAUGAAGGAACAAGUGAAAUUCAACGAUUGGUCAUCGCUGGUAAUCUUAUCAAAGAAUAUAGUGCAACAUCAUCUUAG